AUGAAUCAAACUCACAAACUAAUGGACGCGGUGCGCAUUGUCGAAGUAGGACCGCGCGACGGCCUGCAAAAUAUCAGGACGACGGUGCCCACGCAGACUAAACUCGAGUUGAUUUCUCGUCUGCGCAAAACGGGCCUGAAGACUAUCGAGAUCACCUCUGUCGUCUCUCCGCGCGCGAUACCGCAGUUGGCGGACUGUCGAAAGGUUCUUGGCGAUAGCGAUAUACAGACUUUGUUACGCCAUGGUGACGGGGAUGGGGUGGAUGGCCUUCACCUCCCGGUUCUCAUCCCUAACUUGCAAGGACUGCAGAUUGCGCUGGAGAGUGGGGUGCGAGAGGUAGCGGUCUUUGUCAGUGCGAGUGAAGGAUUCAGUCGAGCGAAUAUCAAUGCCACGGUAGACCAGGGCCUAUCGAGGGCAAGGCAUGUGGCGCAGAAGGCGACGACCGCCGGACUCGCUGUUAGAGGGUAUGUGUCGUGUAUUUUUGCGGAUCCAUAUGAUGGGCCAACGCCGCCGACCGCAGUUCUCAAGGUCGUGCGGGAGUUAUUCGACAUGGGCUGCUACCAAGUCAGUCUCGGAGAUACACUUGGAGUCGGCACGGCGGUGGAUGUGAAGAACCUGUGUGAAUAUCUGCGGCAAGAGGGGAUAAAUUUGUCUCGGAUCGCGGGACAUUUUCACGACACGUACGGUCAAGCCGUGUGCAAUGUCUGGCAAGCAUACCUGUGUGGCAUUCGAGUCUUUGACGCCAGUGUUGGGGGUUUGGGUGGAUGUCCCUUUGCUCCUGGUGCCAAAGGAAACGCGGCCACGGAGGACCUGGUGUAUUUCUUCCAGCAGGCCGGCGUCCAGACAGGCGUCGAUCUACUCAAGCUCGUCGAAGUUGGUAUCUGGAUAUCAGAUCAGCUGGGCAAGAUUACCGAAAGUCGUGCAGGUGCCGCGUUGGCGGUCAAGCACGGCAUCUCCAUUUCCAGCAACGCCGCACCUUGCCCUGGUCCUGCUCCAGCGCCAUUGUCAUGGACCUUGACGGCUGAAAUGCAAGGGUUAAAGAUAUAUCGAUCGGGAGUUAACCUCAAAAUCGUCCUGAAUCGGCCGAAGAAUGGCAAUGCGCUUACUGCCUCCAUGAUCACCGAAUUGACUCAGAUCUUGGACCAGGCACGGAAUGACUCGACGAUCAACCGAAUUGUCAUCGCUGGAGAAGGAAAAUUCUUCUGCACGGGCAUGGACUUGGGAAAUGGGACGUCACCGGUUGCUCAGUCAAAGGAGGUCAGCGAUGCACAGUACCAGCGACUGACUCGGCUGUUCGACGCCAUUGACCGUGCUCCUCAAGUCACGAUGGCUGCCAUCAAUGGACCGGCUUUUGGAGGCGGGGUCGGCCUGUCGUUUGCAUGUGAUAUCAGAAUCGCCGUGCACACUGCCACCAUGACACUCAGCGAGGUCAAGCUGGGGCUAUGUCCCGCAACGAUAUCCAAGUAUGUCAUUAGGGAGUGGGGUGUUCCGUUCGCCAGAGAAGCCAUGUUGUCAGCCCGUCCUAUUUCUACGGCAGAAUUGAAGCGUUUGGGGUUGAUCGCCCGCGUCGUCGAGCAUCCAAAGCAGCAGCUGUCAGAAGAAGUAGACCUGUAUCUCAGCUCGUUGAAAGUGGCCGGUCCCGAGGCUUCGAGAAUGUGCAAGGAGAUAGUGAAACUGGCUUGGGUGCAUCCCGGAAGCGAUACUCAAGCCAAUGGUAUCAAAGACCUCUUCGAUAGGAUGAUGCGACCUGACGGCGAGGCUGCAAUAGGAUUGCAGGCAUUUCAGGCACAGCGAAGGGCUUUGGAUUGGGAUCAAAUCUCGCAAUGUAGAUCAGCUGGGCGGGCCAAGUUGUAG